UCCUGUUCCCUGCUGUUGGUAACGGCAGGUUGGCCUCCUAAAAUAGCUCUUAACUCUGCAACAGCUCCUCUACUUCCGCACUCCACCAGUAUCCUCUCAGGCCAUAGCGCAAGCCAUUGCCCGAGCCAUUGCGCAAGCCAUUGCCCGAGCCAUUGCUCAAACUAUUGCUCAAGCCAUGGCCUCGCCAUAGGUCAGAGUCGGAAGUCUAGGUCCCUUCAAACCGGUUUCCAGGUUCCGUCUCCCAGAGCUGUUGACCAAUUGUUGACCUGUCUGGUGGAGGGUCUGUCUGCGGUCGGUCUCUCCAUCACGGUUGAAUCUCGACCAGUGGUGGACUUGAGGGACCAGAUCUGGUCUUGGCACUUAAAUACUUGCUUGAAUCUAGGCUGACGUGCCUCGCACUGGUGGGAGCGUUGGAGUCGAGAGGACCGUAGGGAGGAGGUAGGGAGGAGGCAGGGAGGCAGGAGGUUGGGAGAUAAGGAGGAAGCAGCUCCGUGCGUCGAUUUCCCGCGCGAAUCUUCUCCUUGUCGUGCUUCUCUCCGCGAAAAUGGUUCCCUGUCACACUUAAUCAGUCGGGCCUUCGAGCGUCUCGGGAUAACGGAGGAGCCGAUUUAGCUAUCAGUCUAUCAGUCGCCGAUCGUCCGUUGGUCAUAGUGCCAAGGAAGAGGGAAAGCCAUUCCUGGUUUUUAACUUCUCGUCGGCUUGUCGGCUCGUAGUGUCCUCGACUCGCCUGCUUAAGUCCUAGAUCCGCCGCUCUCGUUGCAACACCGUUACGCUGAGAAACAUCCCUCAACUGUUUUCCGAGAGGCGUCGUCGUGCAUCGUCGUGCGUCGUCGGAGCGUCUUGCGGAUCGCUGUUGCAAACAGCUCCUGAAGCCGGUUUCCGACAGUUUCUGACGGUUUCUGGCGGGGCUUCCGACGGCUUCUGACAGUUUCUGGCGGUUUCCGACGAUUUUCUGCCGUCAAUGGCGGCCGGCCAUCAUGACGACGGCUCGACCUACAGCCCUCGCAUCGCCUUCAUCUACGUGUUCAACCUAAUCGUGGGCACGGGCGCCCUCGCUCUCCCGUCGGUGCUCACAACGGGAGGAUGGGUUCUCGGAACUCUCUUUCUCCUCCUCGUCGCAUUCACCAGCUUCGUGGGAGUGACGUUCAUGAUCGAGAGCAUGGCCGCGGCGAAUGCUCUCAGCCACAUACGGCACGCACAGUCGCAGGACGGGCACUAUCUCUCGGACACAGAGCCCCUGAUCAGCGACGGGGAAACGAGCGUGAUAGCGGGGGGAGGGUCGGAGAGUGAUGGGGGGAGUGCACGCGCAGGAGGGGGAGGGGGAGGGGGCGGGGGCGGGAGCGGGGCCGGCGGGGAGAGGGGGGGAAGAGGAGCGGAGGGCAGCAGCAGCGGUGGUGUUGGGAGUGGUGUUGGAGGGCCGUUUGAGAUCGUGCAGCGCAUGGAGAUGGCUCAGAUGGCGGACAUGUUUUUUGGCGACUGGGGGCGCAUCUUCUUCUAUAUCGCCCUCAUUCUGUACCUAUUCGGCGACGCAGCCAUCUACUGCACGUUUGUGCCGCGCUCCCUGGUGGCGUUUUUCUUCCCCGAAAACCCCCCGCCCUGGGCCUUUGACGCCUUCCUCACGCUCUUUGUCGCGGUCAUCGUCCCCUUCUGCUUCUUUGACUUCCAGAAGACCAAGCCCUUGCAAAUAGUCACCAUGGUCAUUCGAAACGCUGCUAUUUCAACCAUGAUCAUCAUCGCCGCAUGGGUGGCAUACAACGAAGGGCCGCGCACCACAGGAGUUCCCAACUUUAGAAUUGGGGCUCUGCCUAACCUCUUUGGUGGGGCCGUGUAUGCCUUCAUGUGCCACCACAGUUUGCCCGGCAUCAUCACGCCGAUGAGGGAGAAGGCGUUCAUCCCCCGGGUGCUCUUGUCGGCCUUCCUGGGCGUCUUCCUGCUUUACCUCCUGCUCUUCCUCUCCUGCGGCAUCGCCUUCGGCGUUGGGGCAGAGGACCCCAUCACAUUUAACUUCUCUCCUGCCAAGUUCGGCUGGAUUGGCGACCUGCUCUUCCUGUUCCCAGUGGUAACCCUAUCGUCCAACUACCCCAUGCUCACUAUCACCCUGCGCAACAACCUCGACACUCUCCUCACCCUCCUCUUUCCCAAGGGCUCCUCUCUCCUCCCCGCCGCCCCCGCCUUCUCCCCCCGCCUCCCCCCCCGUGCCUCCCGCUUUUCCGACGGCCCCGUUGGGGGCAGCGGAGGGGGGGGAGGGGGGAUUGGGGAGAAGGCUCUGCGUGUGCCGGCUAAAGAGAAGAAAGGGGCGGCGUGGAGACGAGUGUUUGUGACGCUGCUGGCCACGGUGCCACCGAUUGCAUGCUGUGUGAUUGCCGAGCACAAUGGGGUGAACGUGAAUUCCUUGGUGGGAGCCACAGGAGCAUAUGCGGGAGCAGCUGUCAUGUUCAUCAUACCGGCAUGCCUUGUGUAUCGGUCACGAUGCAUUUUAAAUCAAGAGUUACCACAGGGUUUGGAUGACUCGGCUCGUCGCUAUGAGCCACAUCCUCUCAAUCAGCACGCCUCGCCCUUCCGCAGUCCAUCAUGGGUCACUUCGCUAGUGUUACUGGCUAUUCUCGUUAUUGGAUUCAUCUCCAUUGAUGAGAUUUUGUAUUGAUUUGUUUAGGCAUGUGGCUGAAAUUUUUACUUUGGCUAUAUUGUAGGUGAAGUUAUGGAACAGCAUUCUCAUACGUGGUCUCUACUGUACAUUAGCAAGCAUC